AAAAAAAAGAGAAAGAGAGAAAAAGAAAGAGCGAAAGAAAGAAAAAGAAAGAGCGAAAGAAAGAAGGAAAGAAGGAAAAGAGAGACGGAGACAGAGAGGGGAGGCUGGGGCAAUGGCUCUGGCUGCGGCCGCCGGCAGCCCAGUGCAGGCAGAGGUGGUGCAGUUUAAAGUUCCCAGCGGAAACAGCAAGACACUGUUUGUAUGUAACAUUCCCCCCAAGCUAUCGGAGGCCGCAGUCUAUAGUUGCAUUUUCAACACGUUUUUCGAACACGGGCUUGUCUACUUUUUGCGAGUGAGCAGGAAUGCGGUGGUGGCUCAGCCGGGGUAUUACGCUGUGGUAAAAUAUUAUUCAGCUCUGAGUGCCAGUAGAGCACAGACGGCUACGAACGAGCAGUGUUUGUUUCAAGAGAUUCCUUUGAAGGUUCGGAUGUGCACAAAGCAGCGAUUCUGGAAGGAAUUUCAAGACCACCAACUAUCUUUAAAUAGCAUCAAAUGUCAGGAAUUGGCUAAUUACUACCUUGGUUUCAACGGAUGGUCCAGUCACAUAAUUGGGCUGCAGAAGAUUUCUGGUACAGAUGGAUGUGAAGAAACUGCUCAAGAAAUGGAGCAGUCAGAGAGGAAGAGCAUAAAAUAUCUUUGUAUUAUGGAAAUUAAAUUCAAAAAUUACGACAUGUGUUGCAGAGGUAUUGGGGUUUCUGAGGUACUUGAAACCCAGGAUGCCACAGAUCCACUGAAUUAUGCACUAUUACUUGGAAGAACUCAAAAGUCUGCAAUGCAGAAAGCUUUAUCAGAUGCAUUCCAGAAGGUGGUUCUUGUUGUCCUGGGAAAUGGGAAGGUUUCUCUACAGUGGAGCUCAGAACAGGAUGAAGUGGACCACUUCACAGAGGAGGAGCUUCAGACACAAUUGCAGGUAAAUAACAUUUCGUGGAGUCAGUUUGAACACGAGGGCCAGGAAGAAAUCCUUUCAGAUCUCAGUUUUAAUGCUGAUUCUAUGGGAGGAAUUGGAACGUGAGGAACUUCUGAGAUCCUUGGACAAGUGCCAGUAUAGAAUCAACCUUGCUUCUGUUUUAUGAAAAGUUGACAAAAAUGUAAUCCUGAAUAAUGAGUUGUAUUUAAAUAGAAGAAACACUAAUUCACUUUACCUUGCCUUUGGAAUUGUUGCGUUGAGUGUAUUCAUUAAAAAAAACACGGCAAUAAAUGGUUAGAAGUGAAUGAAGGAAAAUGCUUGUAUUGCACCAUGGCAGUGUAUUCUCAAGUGAUGAUUGUGUAGAGAAGAAAUUGUGUGCUCUGGCGAUUUAAAUAACAUUUAUGUCGGAUUAAAAGGAACAUUGUAAGGACAAACUCCAGCACUCGCUUGCCUGAUAGCCUGUUUGUGCCAAUUAUCUCCCCUCUAAUCCAUCAGUCUGAAAAAGGCACCUGACCCAAAACGUCACCUAUGCAUGUUCUCCAGAGAUGCUGUCUGACCUGCUGAGUUACUCCAGCACCUUGUCCCAUUUUCUGUAAACCAGCAUCUGAAGUUCUUUGUUUCUAUGACUCCACCAGAUAUGUAUUUAAGGUGCAGGAUUAUAUACAUGAUUGUUCAGGCUGCAGACCCAGAGUACAAUAGCAAAUCGGCAUUCUAGGUUUGUUAUGUUUGGUUGUCACUGUAUAUUUGUUUGAUAGUUAUCAAUGUGAAUUUAUUUAUUAUUGGAGCAAAUUUGGGGUUUUUUCUGAGUUAGCCAUUUGGUCCUAAAAUAAAGAAUUUGGCAUAGCUUGAAUUGCG